AUGCAGAAUUCACCGUCGCCUGUAACGCUCGUCAACAGGAAACUGUCCACACAUGUCAACUUUGCCCAGGAUGCGGAGCUUGAGCAGGUGGCCAAUGACUUCCAAUGGCUCUACGACGCGCGCUUACCUACUGAGAAAUCAUCUCUCAAAAAGCUUAUCGACUUGUUCUUCUCCCGCGUCCAUCAGUUACGAUGCACAGGCUUCAUUCACCCUCCGUCCUUCAUGCACUCGUUUGAUCGGGGAACACUAGUCGAGGAUUAUGGUGAUGCGCUCAUCUACAUUAUAUGUGCUUUCGGGGCUAGGUGCUUGUAUAUCGACGACACCGAUCGCCAACGCCAUGCCUUCUCGGGCGUUGUUCCUGGACGGCAAUGGGCUGAUAGAGCAGAGGAUCUGGUGCUCGAGGGCAUCAAAAAGCCUUCAUUAGACAACCUUAUGGCCAUGGUUCUGGUCUGUGAUUAUGGCUUUGUGGCAGACAACUACGAAGUUAUCUUUCAACUUGUCGGCUGCUGCUAUCGCUUGGUCCGACUCCUGGGCCUUGAUGAUCCCAGUCACACGGUUGUCCCACGAACCUGCGAAGAAGCCACAAGAUAUGAAUCUCAAAGGCGACUCGUGUGGUCUUGUUUUAUUCUCGAUCAGACGGUCGGGUCAGGGGUCGAGCCGAAUCUCAAUUGGCAAACGUAUCCGCCCAUCCCUCUGCCUUUGUCAGACCACGACUUCCUGUCGCAGGUAAUCCCAGAUACAUCGAGUCUUCCAACUAUGGAAAUAUUCGACGACCCUGCCAUGUCGGGGCGCUUGAAUAUGCGGGCUCACAUAGUCCAUAUCUUCUGGCUCAGAGGUCAGGUACUCAAAAUGCUCAGGAAACAUCGACUUUCCACAGAUCCUUGGAUUUCUGGUUCAGAAUUUCUCUCCCUCAUUGACCGGAUAGGCAGAUGGUACCAAAAUUUGCCAGAAAAUCUCCUGCUAGACGAGACUCGAGCCUACAUCCACAAGGAGAUGAAUGUCCUGAGCUCCAUAUUCUUCCUGCAUCUUGGUUAUCACCUUGCGGUCACGGACCUAACGAGAGUUGCCCUACCCGGUUUCAACUUUCCCCUUGCAAACGCCUUCCGGAACGCCCCUGGAGAGUUCAGGGCACAGGUUCAACGCCGGGCCCGAUACCAUGCAGACGAAGUUACACGGAUCAUACGCCUCGGUCUUUCACAUGCCGACAGGGCUUUUGAGGACGCUUUCUGUUAUGUUGCUGCAUUCGAGGCGACCAAGAUUCAGAUUGUGGACACGGCGGUGGCUGGCAUCACGGGCCACACUAAGGAGAGGAGGAGAAUAGAAGAGGACAUACGGACAAACAUACGGCUCAUCUCGAGGAAGGGAAGAGAUGCAACCGUCAUGCACCGACGCACACUGAUGCCCCUGUUGACGCGCUUCGGCUUCCAUUCUAUCGCUCUAGAAUGGGGUCAGAGUCGGAGGUCGAGCCCUACAACACAAGGCGUCGAUAUCACGGGUCCUGAUACGGCCAACCACCUCUCGGCUAUCAGCAUCCUACGGCUGGCGAGAUCGAAGAUGGAGGAGCGUGCAGCUAGCGCAAGCUCGCCCAGCGAGACGGCAACAAGCGAAGCCAGCAGGACAGCCGAUUUGUCCCGCCAGCCGCCCAUUAUCUUCGGCGCCAGUCCGACCACAGCACUGCACCAAGGAUCGUCGCCCUCUGGUAGUAUUCUGCAUCAGCAACAACACCAGAUGGCCCCAAUUCCGAACAUUCUGGACUCAAGCACGCUGCCCGUCAUCCACGCACACCAUGAGCCCAUUCCUAUGUAUCCAGAGGAUCAAUCAUUCUUCCAGGGAGACUUUGCCGAUCUCGGCGGUUCGCCUAUGGAGACACUCUCCCCAGGGUCGUAUAUGCGGCUUGCUGACGAGAUGUCGGAGUUCUUGACUUGGGGAAGGACUGCCAGUGAGCAUGUCUGGGGUGGUUAUCCUGGAGAUGGGCUGGAGUAA